AUGCAACAAUAUACAAAUAAGGUCUUCAUUACUUUCAUCGGGGUACUCGGAUUUCUGUUCUGCCUGGCCAUAUGCAUCUGGGUCCACCGUCUUUGGACUGCCCGACGAUAUUAUCUAUUGGACUUCGAGAGACUUUCGGCAGAGGCCAAGGCAUUCAAUGAAGAGACGACCAGAAUCACAAGAAAUGCGGAUCAAGACGGCGGCGCGGAAUGGGCGACAAUACCCGCAAAUAUAGAAAUGAUAUGCAUGGCUAAUGACUAUGAUGCUAGCAUCAGGAUCGCACUCGCUGCCUGGGAUGAUAUCAUACGUCUGGAAUUGGAGGAGGACUGGGACGAAUCGAACGGAGACAAAAUGCUCAAGCGGCGUAGGAGGAACCACAGCCUAUAUGUGAUCAAACUCAUGAGGAAUAAAGCCAUCGAGGGCGUGAGAUGCAGGAAAAAACUAAGCGGGCAGCUACAGAAGAUAGAUAGCGGAGCCAUGUUGCGGUACGAGCCACUGCCUUCACUACCGCUUCCAAACUCUCUCCUUGGGGUAGAAUAUCAUCACAUACUCACAAACCACGCCAGAACGCCGGACGACAACCGGAUCAUGCCUGGAAGCACCAUUAUCGGCAAGGAAGGUCGAGGCUCAUCGGCUCCAGAAUAUUCCCAAUCAGCUCGUAAAAACGCCGGCACUCUAUCGUCCCCAGACGUGUGA